ACGAACGAGGCUAAUUGCGCCAUUUUCGUUUGGGUUGGGGAAAGGAGACAAAUUUUGUUCUGCCUUCGAGAGACGCUCUGGACCGUAGUCUUUGUAGGUGGCGGGGAAGAGGGUGUUCACAGGAUACGACAAGCAUGGGGGCGGGGAUCGGGGAGGACCUAGGAAGCUCCUGAGGUGACUCUUCCUUGUCAAGAGAAGGGAUCAGGGAUCGGGGCACAGAGUCAAGAUCAAGGGAAACAGGAGGAAGAUGCUGCUCUUCUUCCGUAAAAGGAAGCCCAGCGAUGAAGCCCGCAAACGCCUUGAAUACCAGAUGUGCCUGGCAAAGGAAGCUGGAGCUGAUGAUAUCCUUGAUAUAUCCAAAUGUGAACUUUCAGAGCUUCCUUAUGGAGCCUUUUCAACCUGUAAAGUCCUGCAGAAAAAGGUGCUGAUUGCUCAUACAAAUUACUUGACAUCUCUGGUCCCAAAGUCUUGCAGUCUGCUGUAUCUCAUAACUGUGAAGGUUUUAGAUCUCCAUGACAACCAGCUGACGUCACUUCCUGCUGAUAUUGGUCAACUGACAUCUCUCCAGGUUCUGAAUGUUGAACGGAACCUGUUGAAGGCUCUUCCUCAUUCAAUAGGAGAUCUUGUUCAGCUGCAGACCCUCAAUGUGAAAGGCAAUAAACUGAAGGAGCUGCCAGCUGCUCUGAGCAACUUGCGUAGCCUACGAACCUUAGAUAUCAGUGAGAACCAGGUUCGGGUGUUGCCACAGGCGCUGGCUCAUAUUCGGACCCUAGAGAUGCUGACUUUGGACGCCUCGACCAUGACCUACCCACCAGACACCAUCUGCAGCGCAGGCACAGAAGCCAUCCAGCAGUUUCUGUGUGAAGAAUCUGGAAUUGAAUACAACCCUCCAUCGCAGUAUUUGCUCCCAGUGUUGGAAAGAGAUGGAGGAGAGACCUCGGUGGACGGGGUCAGCGGGACGUUUUGUAAAUAUGUGAACAAUGAAGCCGAGUGGCAGAACAAAUUUCAGGAGUAUGAGAAGCGAAAGGAGCAGAAAAUGCAGGAGAAACUGGAGUUUGAGCGCUGGUUAGACCUGGAGCAGAGAGAGCAGGCGCAGUUGAUGCAGCAGAACCAAAGCCAAAAGGGGGAGAUCCUCCAGUGCAUGAAGGCGGAGCAGAUGAAGCUGGAGCAGGGCCUGUCGCGACACCAGCAGCGCCUGGAAGUGGAGCGCAUGAAGCUGCUAGAGCAAUUGAAAGAGAUGGAGGUGGGCGUCACCAGCCGAAUCCAGAAGCUGCUAGAACAGAACCAGAGGCAAAAGCAGAACUCUGAGGUUCUGAAAUCUCUGGAGAAUGACCGGAUCAGGAUGGAGCAACUGAUGGCCAUUACUCAGGAGGAGGCAGAGCAACUACGCAGGAGGGAAGUGGCCUCGGCCAUGCAGCAGAUGCUGUCCGAAACUUACAAUAGCAAGCUUGUACAGGUGGCCUCUGACUCGCGCCGGCAACACCUUGUCAACCAGACUUGUACCAGCUUGGCAAAGAUGGAUGAGCAAUUGCAGCAAAUCCUGGCGUGGCAACAGCUGGACCAGAACAAAGCCAUCAGUCAGAUUCUUCAGGAGAGUGAAAUGCAGAGGGCUGCCUUUGAAGCUCUCCAGGUGAAGAGGGAUCUUAUGCACUGCCAGAUCAGGAAUCAGAUUAAGUUAAUAGAAAAAGAGUUAUUGCAGCUGACACAGCUGGAGGUAAAGAGGCAACAGCUGGACACAGAGGCACUGCAGGAGGAAAUAGCAGAGCAACGGCGAGCUCUGACCAACCUGUUGCAGCAACUGCUGAAAGAAAAGCAGCAGCGGGAAGAGGAGCUGCAGGAGAUCCUGAGGGAGCUUGAGGCCAAGAGUGAGACCAAGCAGGAGAACUACUGGCUGAUCCAGUACCAGCGCCUGUUGAACCAGAAGCCCCUCUCUCUCCGUCUGCAGGAGGAAGGCUUGGAGAAGCAGCUAGUGACACUGCUGACUGACUUGUCAGCUGAUAAGUACUUGCCAAUCUUCGCCCAUCAUCGGAUAUCACUAGAAACACUCUGCUCCAUGGCCCCCAGUGACCUGGCCAAGAUCGGAAUAACAGAAACUGGCCUGCAACUCUCCAUCAUCCGGAGGGCCCAGGAAAUACAUGCUGUGGCUAAAACCAUACCAGAGCUCUUGAAGCCAGAAGAAGAAGCAAUCUCUUCUACUCCAGGCCCCAGUGAGGAGCCAUCUGCCCCUGAAGCCCCUUCUGCCCCACCCUUGGUAGAGCGGAACUCCGAGUGUGUGGUCUGUAUGGAGCACGAGGCUCAAAUGGUUUUCCUGAGCUGCGGCCAUGUCUGCUGUUGUCAGACCUGCUCCGAGGCCUUACAGAUCUGCCCACUCUGCCGCAAGGAGAUUGUGCAGCGCAUACGCCUCUUUCACAGUGGCUAGAUGCCAACACCGAGCUCAGCGGAACAGCCUUUCCCGUCACCUAUCCCCCCUUCCUCAGGUUUGGGGACAAGGGUUGCCAUGGGGAAAGCCUGGAUUUGCACUACCUCCUUGCACCUCACAUGCCUAUGUGUCCCCAUCAGUUUCUCAUAAAGCAUGGCUGCUGUUCCCCUUCCUCUGCCAUUGCUAGUCAAUCACCCUUACAGGGGUCCCGAGGCCAAGAUGGGAGACAUUUCAGGCAGAGGGCACAGCUUGGAGAGAACGACACACGUGGCCCAGGCUGGGGAAAGUUCUUCAGAGCCAGCCUGAGAUUUUUGGGAGCUUGCAAGAUAUAUUUUUUUUAAAAGCUUGCAGUCUUGCACAGAGUGAGAAUAAUAAUAUUUAGAAUUGCCAGGAACCAACCAACCUUGCCUGCCCACGGGAUUGGAUCUAAAGGUCUCAGUGGGAGGGAGAUCACUUCUUUCUCACAAGGAAUUUUAAGUAAUUAAAUAUCUUAGACUGUGAUGCAGCAGUGGCUGGUGGGUCAAAGGUGCCACAAAGUGCCCCUUCUUUGUCUUAAGGAGGGGCUGGAGGGGGCACAUGCUGAUGACGGCUCUUUAAUUAACACCCUCUCUUACUUUUCCAGCCGGCCUGAAGACUGCCAAUAACGCAACAGGCUUGAAAAUGACAGCACACAUUUUCCAUUGUUGUUUCGCCCCCUUUUAUAGUCACGAUAUCAGUCAUGCUGAGUCUCCCCCUUUGUUUCUGCUGUUUUCUCCAAAAGGGAAGUUGGCAGGAGGGACAACUGGAUCAGUUGAUACUGUGCCCCUCCCACCCCCCAAAAGGAGCAGCUUACUCCCUGCUUGUCUGUUCAGUGGCGCGGUGGAGGGGGAGGAACAAGCAGAUGGCCUGGUUGGGUGGAGGACAGAGUUUUGCUGUCUAUGGUUAACAGUGUCUCUCAGUUAAUUAGUCAGUAAUUGAACCUACAGUGCCAAGCCGACACCUCCCCCGAGCAUAGCCAGUAGCCACUGGUCAGGGUUGGCUGCUUCCCUUUCAGGAAAAAAACCAACGGAGUGACCAUCACAGCCUCUUUUAGCUGCUUUUCCCUGUGCCUGUGCUGUCUCACAGUGGGUUUCGUGGGCACAUCUCUAUACAGAUGUCAACCAGUUGUAAACGCAGCUUGCUCCCACAAGUUUAGGAGUGGUGUAAGGAUUCUCUGAGAGAGCUGCAGUUCCCAAGCAUCCAUGUAUGGAAGACAUCUAAACCACAUUACAGGUGAACACACUUUCACUGCAACGUCAGCUGAAAGUAAUGGUCACUGAUGCUGCUUAGAUUGGCCCAAAGGACAGAUGGACAAGUUAGAAGGCCCGUGGAAGGUCAUCUGCUGUAUGCAGGCGAUUGCCAGAGGUAUAUUGUCACACUGUGUUAUGCAUGAAUCUGUUUUCCAGUGUUGGUCCCUCCACUGCAAUUGUCUCAUGUAUCCAGAAGAGAAAUAAAGGAUCUGAACCCUA